AUGUCUGAUUCAUCUUCAAAAAUGGAUCCUGAGCCCCCAGAAAAACGGAGGAAAGGAGGAACCCCAAUUCGCCCCAACGAAGAACGAGCCGAGUCUCAUCGAGUAUUUCUACAAGACUACGGUUUCAACGAUCAACUCGAGCCUACAAUACAAGUUGAUGAAGUCACGAACGAGGUGAUUGUUGCACUGUUUUGUCUCUCAGUUUCGUUUUCUGAGAUUGAGAAAAAAGUUAUGAGGUAUUUGGGAGUCCCUGAUUCACGAGGAAACUUGGAAAAGACGAGGAAGAAACUGGCGAGCAUUCGGAUGGAUUGGAAUAAAAGAAGGAAAAGGGGAGAAGAUAAGUAUUUGAAUUUUUUGAAAAAUUGUGCGUUUGAUAAGUCUUUUUUUUGCGCUGACGAAAUUCAAGAAAAUGCUGUUUCUGACAAGUUUCAAAAAAGGAUUACUGUAGAUCACGAAAUAACUGGCGCAGUUAUUGGAAAACCUGAGCUUCGAGUUUCUGAGGCACAAACAGAAAUUUCGUGUGAUGCAGCUGCCGAAUACAUAUUUUUGAGUCAAAAAACCUAUCAGAACUGCAAAGACGAAUCUUCUCGGCUGAAAAAAAGGUACAGUACUCGCAUUAACUCAAUGCGACACUGGCAAAUGUACAACAAUAACCGAAUUCUGAAAGCCAAAAUUUCCAAUAAAUCAUCGAGAAUAGCUGAAAUUUCGAUGCAAAAAAUUCAAAAAAAUUUCGAUAAAAAAUUUGCUCAGCUAAAGACAGUGAAAGACGUCUUGAAAGAAACAGAGGCAGUACUUCAAUCGGCUCUUGCGAAAAUUGACAAUACGUCAAAUGUAGUAGACCUGAAAGAGGGAAAAUCGUAUUCUAACAAGACGUUUGAAACUGUAAUCCGUCUGAAAUCCCUUGGUGUAGCUGACGAAAAAGUUGGAGAAGUAAUGGAAGUUGUCGGUAAUUUAGUUGGUGUCACUUUUGAAACGCUACCAUGCCCUUCUACUUGUCGAAAUUUUGCAUUAUCUUCUCUGUAUCUUGGACGGAGCCACGUCAAAAGACGACUCGAUGUUUUUUUGGAAAGUGAUGACUCUUUGUGUCUAGCUUCUGAUGAAACUACAAAGGGAACCGCGAAGCUCCAAGCUUUUGGAAUUCACAGUCCAGACGGUAAUUUUACUUGUCUCGGUGUACAGCCGGUUGCUGAAAAGUCUGCCGAGACCGCAUUCAAUGCGCUGGAGCAUCUGAUCAACCAGCUUCCAGAGGUUCCGAGAGAUUUUUUCAAGAAGCUUCUUUUUAAAAUUACGUGCACCAUGUCAGAUUCCGCUAGAACCGAGAUUAAGUUUAAUGGGAUCGUCGAAGAAGCGAGAGCAAAAGCGGUUCCUGAAAUUGUUAGUGAUUUUAAUCAGUUGUCGGAUACAGAGAAAUCGUCGUUCUUCCAAUUUUCCCAGUUUUUCUGCCAGCUACAUGUACUGGCUAAUUACACUGAUGUUGUAUUGAACUGUAUGUUGGGAUACGAAGUUCUGGAAACUGGGAAUAAUAAAUUGGGAGAAGCUUCAGUAUUCGGUUUAAUAAAAUUAGUCAAUUGUUCGGCCAGCGGGGAUCCGGACUGCACGGAAUCCUUCAGAUCUGGGAAGCUUGGUCUUAACGAAGUUGGGAAAUCGCUUGAGAACGAAAUGGUCAUCGACCAUUUACAAAUUCUUGGACUCUGUGAUCAGUUGAUUACUGGGCCUUUGUGGAGAUUGGCAGAAGGAAGUGAGCACAUUUUCGAUACUUGUAAAUAUGCCGAGCAGUUGCGAAAGUGGUUAGAAGGCUGCGCGAAAUCACCUAUCGCUUUCUUUGAUGGGUCUUCACCUACUCCUAAUUUACAAGAAUCUAGUCCGACAAACUCCACCUUGUUGUUGGAAGCACUUCUUCGUAGGGACCCAAAAGAAACGACUUGUGAUAUCGCUGAAGCAGUCUGUAACUCGUCUCUCGUGUAUUUUGAUAAAUCAUUUGCUAACUUCCUUUCGGGAGGGAAACAUUUCAUCAAUCAAAAUGAAAUGCGAAAGAGUACAGAGGCCGCCCCAGCAACUAAUCGAAAUAUUGAAGCAAUGUUUGGUCUAAUGUCCCAUUAUUACGAUACCAAGCCCAAUAUGCGAGUUGACGUGAGAACGGCUUUUACAAUGCUCAAGAAAAAUGACAGUUUUACAUGGCUUCAAUCUUUGCCGGAGAAUGAACAGAACGAAAUCUUGAGCAAGUCCAGAGCGGCGUUAAAAUCUCUGAAAAAAGACGCUUCUCACCGUCAGUUAGCUAUUGAGAUUGACAUUUUGCGACAAAUGAAAGAAAAAAACUUGAUUGCUGCAAGGAAACAGGUGAAGGAAGAGCGGGACAGAUUCAAAUACACACACGACAUUCUCUCUAUUGGGUUCUGGGCUAGUUCUAGUGAUGUUUCCGCUGGUCUCGCAAAAUUGAGCACUGAAAAACAGAAAAGAGAGGCCCUCACCUCUCAACUACGAUUCAGAAAAUGUGUUAUUAAACAGUCUGCUGCUGCUCCUAUGUUUUCAGCUUCCGCCAAGUCAAAACCUCUGCCUCUUCGAGAGCUCAUCGAAAAACUGGAAGCGCUGAUCAAAAAUCAACACCUUUCGCAGCAGUUACUGUUAAUGGACCACGAAUACGUCGGGAAACGAAUCAACCAGAAGAUUUCGUCAAAACGAUCAAAAGGCGGCUUUGUUGAAGAUAUUCGAAUCGUCGGAGCGACCAAGACCAUUCGAGUGCUGUUCGACGGCGACAGCGAUCCAACAUCGAUGAAUUUCGAUGAUUUUGAGGGAAAACUUGAAGCAGAAUCUAUUGUUUUUGUUGUCUAA